CACUGAGUGCUUCAAGUACUGCAUAAUUACUAAUUCAGUCCAAUUUGUGAAUAUUUCCAGUGCCAUGUACCUUCAGUAGCUGUGUAUGCAGAACUCAAACGAGCAAGUGUACCUAGAUUUGGAAUUGUUGUCAUCAUCGCAAUGGCAAUUUGUAGUACAGCUUAUUCAAUUACAGCUUCAUUUGGCUACUUAACGUUUGGCACAGCAGUUAAGAGUGAUGUGCUUUUGAGUUAUGACUCUCAUGAUGUCUUGGUGAAUAUUGCAAGAGUGAUGAUAUCUGUCAUAGUUUUGUCAACAGGAGCAAUGGUUGUUUUUUGUGGAAGGAGCUGUCUGGAGGGAUUGUAUCUGGCAGCCUUCAGAAUGCCUCCAUCUUUUGCUGAAACGAAUGAAUCCAGACGACGGGUUGUACAAACAUUAGUGUGGUUCACAUCGUCCCUAAUUAUUUCCGUUUAUGUAAAAGACAUACAAUAUGCUGUAACUCUUAUUGGUGGGCUGGCAGCAUUGUUUAUUUUUUUCUUUCCAGGCAUAUGUCUCGUUCAAGAAAUGCUUCAGUACUCAUUUCUCACAACCACAAGAAAGUUGUCAAUUGUCCUUGGUCUCUGGUAUGUUGUUGUUGGAGUGUUUAUAUUUGCAGACUCUGAAGUGUUUGCCAUAAUGCAGGACAUCAAAGGAAACAGCUUGUACUAAGCUGACCACUUGCUUCAAGGUAGC